GUGAAAUCUUGCUCCAAACCCAGCAUUUUACAUGCCUUUUCUCACCAAGUUUGACUAUGCUAAUACUCCAACCCUAUUCAUCAGCCUAAAUAACUUCUGGUAAACCCCACGCCUUCAAAAAUACAAUCAUAAAUCAUAAUAGAAGACAAAAUAUGUUUGUUUUAGCCCCAAAUUGUCAAGUUUUUUGCCAAAAUUUAUGCCAAAGAGAGCAUUACCCACGAAAAUGGAGUAAUGGGUGGUGUUUUUUUCUGCUAAAAUCUUCUGGGUUUGACUUGAAAGAGAGAAAAAUCUGCAGAAGUUACAGAAGGGUGAAGAGAAGAGAGGUUAUGGUGCAUGCUUCAUGGCUAGAUUUGUCUAAACCUAGUAAUCUGGAAAUGGAACCGAUUACAGAUUGUGAUCAUCUAGAACAAAUUUUACAGCAGGCUAAAGAGAGUUCUCAACCCAUUAUUAUUGAUUGGAUGGCUAAUUGGUGCAGAAAAUGUAUUUAUCUGAAGCCCAAAUUGGAAAAAUUGGCUGCUGAAUAUGAGAACAAGAUCAAAUUUUACUGCGUGGACGUAAACAAUGUGCCUCAAACCCUUGUCAAACGUGGAAAUAUCUCGAAAAUGCCCACGAUUCAGCUUUGGCUAGAUGGAGAAAUGAAAGCAGAAGUAAUUGGUGGACAUAAGCCCUGGUUAGUAAUGGAAGAAGUUAGAGAAAUGAUUCAGCAGUUCCUAUGAUUCUACAUACCAACUAUAAUAACUACCACACUGUUUUUAUGUAUGUUUCAAUUUGACCUCAGAAAAUCUUCAAAUUUUUUGUCUAUUUUGCUGAAUUUGUAUAUAAUAUCAGUUGGAAGACUACAUUUCGAAACUGGCAUAUCGAAAAUCUAGCAACGAUAUCUUUUCUCCAUAGCUAAGUAUGUGUACACAUAUUUCUGUAAUAAUGGCCUUUAAAAUGGUCUUUAUACUCU